AUGCCCGGAACUCUUCGGUUUCUGGAUUUCCCCGCCGAGGUGCGCUUGGCAAUAUACCGCUAUCUCAUCCCUAACAUCUCCAUCCGCAACUUCAACCUGAUCCGGGGGCGGUCGAAACAUAUUGUUCUUCGACGGGAUGGUGGUCGCUGCUGUCCAGCGCUCCUGCGUACCAGUCGUCUGAUCUACAAUGAAGUCGUGCAGGAAUGGUACGGCUCAACGCAGUACGAAGUGGUGCUUGACACCAAAUACAUUCUCUUCUGCGGGCAGCUCGUUCCCCCAUAUGCACCGGUUCCAUCGACUCUCCGCUACGUUCACUCCAUGAAACUAUGCAUUUCCAUGCAGGGCACCCCGCAAUACAUACACAGUCAAUCGACCGUGGAGCACCUCCUAGGUUUUCAGGACCGUAUAGCCAUGCUAGCACGUCUGCUGUCUGACCGGCCCAGUUGUCGCCUGCAACAUCUAUGCAUGGAGAUUGGGGUCAAUAUUCCUCUCUUGUUGAGUCUCUGCAAAACGCCCACAGGGAUGUUGGAGCUGCUGAGCUGGAACUUGGGCCCCCUACGAUCCCAUAGCUAUGGAAUUCAAAGCCAGGAAUUUCAACAGUCUUAUGCGGAGCUUCGCUCGAUCAUGUUCGCACAGACGACGCUUAACGCCUCCGCCAUGAGGAUACUAUCCCUAGUCACCAUCCAAUUAUCAUUAUACGUUGCUUGUGGGCUAUCAUCAGCACCUAAAGAAGAUGAAGCCCCGAUCCCCCCAAGCAAGGAUCCCUUCUACACGCCACCUACCGGAUACCAACACGCGAAGCCUGGUACAAUCCUGUCCCAUCGCGAAGUGCCAUAUCCGGUCGCAAAACUGGGUGGAGACGAUAAGCCGUCCCACGCGUAUCAGAUCCUCUACCGGACGACCGACAGCUUCGGCAAAGCCACGGCCACACUGACCACAGUCCUGGUGCCUGAGAAUGCCAACGGCACGAAGAUACUCUCAUACCAGUUUGCCAUGGACUCGGCCGCCACCAGAUGCGCCCCCUCGUAUGCGAUACGAAAACACCUCAAGGAGGACAUACUGAUGGACAAAAUGACAAAACUCCAGUUUCUCAUGUCCACAGAAGCACUGGCGAAGGGGUGGAUCGUUGCGAUACCUGAUUUCGAAGGCCCCAAUGCGGCGUACAUGGCAAACGUCAAAGCCGGAUACGCUGUACUUGACGGUAUACGGGCUGUGCUGUCGUCUACUAGCUUCACGAACGUCUCAUCCUCCGCCGCGAUCGCCAUGUGGGGAUACUCUGGUGGAAGUCUGGCGACGGGUCUCGCGGCGGAACUGCAGCCUCUGUAUGCUCCAGAGCUGAAAAUCUCCGGAACUGCGCUGGGGGGCACGGUAUGGCGGACGCCGACUAUUCCUAACCGGGUUAACAAGAAGGCGUCGGCCGGACUGCUUGUCGCGGCCAUGCAUGGGCUUGCGAAUGAGUACCCCGAGGUUGCGUCGUUGAUUAGAGAAGGUCUCGUUGAUGACGCGAAGAAAAGAGAGAAGUUUAUGAAGGCGGGUGAUCAGUGCUUGCUUGAAUAUCUGGUCGAGUUUGCACACAACGACGUAUUCAGCUAUUUCAAGGACCCCCAGCUGCCGAAUCAUCCCCUGCUGCGCAGGAUUGAGGCAGCAAAUGAUAUGGGGAAGCACACGCCCACAAUGCCGCUCUUAAUAUACAAGGGGGUCUUGGACGCUGACAGUCCUCUAAAUGAUACGGAGGCGCUUGUGUCUCAGUACUGCGCAGAGGGAGCGACGGUGGAUUUACGAGAAGUCACCACCCAUAAUCAUUUCUUACUGGGCGUUGAUGGGUUUCUGGCGGCUAUUCCAUGGCUGGAGGACAGACUUGAGGGUGUCCCAGUAGAGCACGAGUGCAAGAUGUCCAAGAGCCCUGUUCCGUUAUCUGAUUCUGGAUCUUUGGAGGCUCUGUUGGGCACAGUGGGUGUAGAUAUUGGGGAUGUACUCGGAACUAUCCUGAAUUUAUGA